AUGUAUCAUGGAUCAGAGGAGGAGCUGCGCGCCGCGGAAAUGGCGGGGCGCGUGUACGACAACCUCUGCACGAGCACGCCGCUAGAGCUGCACGGCAUUCGUCAAAUGCACACGAGCCACAUCGGCGGCGCCUCACUUGACGGGGAAAACGAGUCUACGUGCGGCAGCCACAACACCUCCGCCGCCCAGCCGUCGCAGCGGGGCCGCGUGGGUGGGGCGCAGCCCCCGCCGCCGCAUAUCACCGGCGUGAACGCCGUGGUGGAGGUGGCGCGGCGGGAGUCCGUGCUGCGGCAGCUGUACAACGACAAGCUUCGGGGCAGCAUCAGCGCCAUCCUAAGCGCCCUCAUGAACGAGCUUCCGCGGGAUCACAUCUUCAUGCAGCUUCUGAGUGACGCGACGACCGAGCAGUACUGUCGCGUGCGGGUGGGGGAGGUGGUGGAGAGUUUCCUCUUCUCGGUGCAGGCGCACCAGUACCACAACCUCGCCUCGGAGCUGGCGAAGCGGGAGGUGGAGCUCUUGACGCUCGCCGGGCAGCUGGAGGAGGCGCAGCAGGCGAACGCGGACGCGCCCCCGCCGCCGCUCAAGUCCUUCAAGGCCACUCAAACCGAUAACCGCAUCGACGCGGGGAUGAACACGACGGAGUGCCCCACCCAGCCGGCACACGGUGGCGUGGAGCCGGCGGAGGCGGCGGCGCAGGAGGAGCUUAUCGCGUUGCUUGAGGACGUGACGCGCGAGCACGAGCUCGCCAAGUGCCGCGAGUGCCUCUCCGCCCCCACCUCGCUGCUGGAGACGGUGCAGGCGGAGGGAAACUACCGCGACAAGUACGAGUACCUCGCCGAUGUCGUGGGCCACCUUUUCCGCUCCGUUCAGGGGCUUGUGGUGUACGCCGACGGCUCGCUCGCCAGCCUGGGAUCGCUGCGGCACAGCCUCCACGGUGUGUGGGGCCGCGACGACGGCAAUGCGGCCGACGCCGGGGCGCAAACCGCGUUGCGCCGCCGGUCACUGUCAGGCAACUCCGCGGCGGCGGGCUGUUCUUUCCCCUCCUCCGUCGCCUCUUCCGCCGCCGCCGGCACUUCCCCCGUGCAGCCGCAGCAGUCGCCGCAGCAACGGGAGGCGAUCUUUGAGGAGGAACGUGCCCGACUAGAGGUGCUGGCGGCACAGUUAAAGUACGCGCAGCGUCACUGUGGCGACGUCAUUGAGGGCCUUGGCAAAGCCCAGGCAGAGAUGCAGCGGCAAAGCGAGACCCGUGAGCAGCAGCUGGAGCAGCUUCAACAGCUAGCCGCAAGGAACAACACGCAGGAGUUAAGUAAAGCUCUCAAGGCAAAUGAGGCGGCGUUAGUGCGGCUCCGUGAGGAGCUGCAGCAGUCUUUUGCUGCGGAACGGGCCCAGGCACAGGAGCGAGAGCGGGAAUUAGAGCAGCGGUGUGCCCAGCAGGCCUCUGAGCUGCAGCAGGUGACUGAAAAGCUGGCGGCGGAGCGGCAACAACUACAAAGAGAGGUGGAGGAGCGCGGCAAGGCGGAGCAACGAAUGCAGGCGGCGGCAGAGGCGCAGCGGCAAAGCGAGACCCGUGAGCAGCAGCUGGAGCAGCUUCAACAGCUAGCCGCAAGGAACAACGCGCAGGAGUUAAGUAAAGCUCUCAAGGCAAAUGAGGCGGCGUUAGUGCGGCUCCGUGAGGAGCUGCAGCAGUCUUUUGCUGCGGAACGGGCCCAGGCACAGGAGCGAGAGCGGGAAUUAGAGCAGCGGUGUGCCCAGCAGGCCUCUGAGCUGCAGCAGGUGACUGAAAAGCUGGCGGCGGAGCGGCAACAACUACAAAGAGAGGUGGAGGAGCGCGGCAAGGCAGAGCAACGAAUGCAGGCGGCGGCAGAGGCGCAGCGGCACUACGGGGUUACUGUUUCAGAGCUUCAGCGUGACCUUGCGGCUGAGAGGGACGCGUUGCAGGCAGCAAUGCGCAAGGUGCAGGAAGAGCUCAUCGCCCGCCGCGCGGAAGCGGUGUGUGCGCGGCUGGAGAGCUUCGCGCUAGACGCCCAGGUUGCAAAGAUGGAAUUUCUACUUGCAUACGGCUACCAACGUGCCGCGGCGGAGCAGCACUAUUCCCUGUUGCUGGCAAAGGAGGCAGUCCGGCACGCGCAGACGCAGGCGGCGACGGAGCAGAAGAUACUGCGGGAGCAUGAGGCUGCCACGCAGCAGUGCUACGAGGACCUGCGUUCCCUGCUGGAGUGCAUGCGGGAAGAUGACCACAAGGCGGAGUGGCAGCAGCGCGAGGAGGAGGCCGACACGGAGGCACGUCGACGCCGCGUCUCCGCCGACAAGAGCACCGAGGCUUAUCCUGCAAGUGGGACGAAUGGAGGUGUUGGUGGUGCUGCUCGCGUCAAGGCUGCGGAAGUGGAGGAGGCGGAGCGGGUGGUCGUGGUGGAGGCCGGCGCACAGACGCAGGCGCUGCUGCACCGCUACGGCACGCCAAAGACCCUCACCGGCGUCGUCACGGCGAUGCAAAACGCCUACGAGGCGGUUCAGCGUCAUCAGCGAUACAUGCAGAGCACGGUGGAUGCCGUAAGCGAGCGUGGGAGGCAGUUGCAGCAGGAGGCCGACACGCUGCGCGCGCGGCUGGAGCAGCUGAUGGCGGAUUACGAGCAGCAGCGGGCGAACUUCAAGCGGCUGUGGAACGAGCGAGCGAUGUGGGAGCAGCAGGACACCCUGAAGGGGCUGCUUGCAAAGCAGGAGGCGCUCCUGGCCACAGUGAACCUGGAGCGUGAGGCACUGCAGGUGCGGUGGUCCACGCUCAGCGAAGAGUACCAGGCCCUGGAGCGACGCAAUUCGCAGCUGCACGAGCGAUGUGCGGUGAAGGAGGCGGAGAACGCGCGGCUUCUGGGGUACCUGCGAGCCACGCGGAUAACGUCAGCCUCGCCGACAGCGUCCCGGCAGCAGCAGCAGCAGCAACAGCCGAAGUUGUCACCGCCGGAGGCUGUGCACGAUACGGCAGCCGACGCGGCCGGUGCCUCCGUACGGCCCGCGGCGGGGGGAACGACGAGUGAGAAGGCAGCGGCACUGGAGAACUCGCCGGAGGCGCGGCGGGCAGAGACGCAAACGCUGCCCGGACUUCGUGGCUCGCGGGGGUCGUCGAGCGCCGCCGGUCUCAGCGGACAGGCACGGACGCCGUGCAGCAGCGUGGUGGAGGACGAGGUCGGGUUCGGUCAUAGUGCGGUGGGGGUGGUGGUGCCUCUCGGGCAACUCCCACGCGAUCGCGGCGCGUGGCGCCAGCUCUGCCGCCCUGGGCGCAGCGCCGCUGCUGCCGCGCCUGCCACCCCCACAACAUCCGCGGAGGAGGAGGAGGAAGAGAAGGAGGAGAACGCAGUCGUGGCGGGGGCACACGGGCGGGACUAG